AUAGGGUUAGAACACAAACGAAUUUCGAUGGGUUAGUAAACAUACGCGAAAUUAACUUAAAAUUUUGAUGGAUAAAUUAUUUAAAUUAUUGGGCUGUUUUGUUUAGUUGGACAAAAACAUGCUACUUUCUAAUUUGUUGGGUAAUUUUUGUAAUUAAUUAGAAAAAUUAGGGACAUAAUCGUAAGAAUGAUUUUGUUUUAAUAUUAUAGAUUAAUAUUAUAGAUUAUUAGAAAUAAUUGAGAGUGUGGUCUUUUUAAUUCUUUUGAAGGACACAAUAGCAACAAUGGUUUUAAAGAAGGAUGGACCAAGGCAGAUCACGGAAGCGGAAAAAGUUUUGAGAUGGAAGAUACUUGGGUAUAAUGGGGCUAUCCCAAUACAUGUAAUAAUCGAUGAAAACCAUCAAAAAGUUACAGCAACAUAUAAGAAAGUGAAAGUGAAGUACAUGAAAGUUUUUGAGGGUAGCUGGAAAAUGGAGCCAUUGUACGUAGAUCAGGAACGGUUGUGCAAGUCUAGGUCGCGGAUUAGUGAAGAAGAGCACAAAAAAUGUAGCGGCAGUAAAGGAAGGAUUGGGUCAAAGGUGACAAAGGAGCAUAUAUUUCAACCCUCUUCUCUUCUUAAUGUGCCACCAGUUUCUUGGUUCAUCCGUGGUAUCUCCGUCAAAGUCACCAAGGUUUGCUCCAAGAUCUUAGAGAAUAUGUAAUCAGGAUGAACAAAA